GAUAAGAGAUAUUUCAAAACUUGAAACUGGUAUUGAUGCUUAUUUUACUUACUAAGUUAUUUAAGUAUUUGGUGGGUUUCGGGCUGUAGCACAUUACCGAUCUAGUUCCUAGCCUGGAACUUAAUAAUAUUGUUCUCAUUUGAAAGAUUUACCUAACUAUUUAUAAAAAGUUUUUGUUGUUAUUCAAAAUGGAACCAUCUGGCGAGUUAAAUAAAUUGCCAAAAAAUUCAGUGAAGUCUCCAAGGAUCUACUUACUUAGACAGAUAUUCGUAUGCAGUGGGGUAACAUCGUACUUUUUCAUUGGCGGGUUAUUUUUCGGUGCACCCACAGUUUUUGUACCACAAAUACGAAAAGACGCAAAUUCUACUGAAAUUAUUAGCAUGGCAAUGAUGUCUUGGUUGAUGUCAAUUUCUAAUUACGGGUCUCUACCAUGGGUUAUAAUUUUUCCCGUAAUUGCUGCUCGAUUUGGGAGAAAAAUACCGUAUACUGUUACAUGGGUAAAUACUAUGGUUUGCGUGUCGUUGUUUUACUUUAGUUCAAGUACUACUGAACUUUUAAUAAGUGGGUGUUUACAAGGAAUAAUCUUCGCGGUACUUUUCUCAAUAUCAAUCAUGGUACUCACUGAAUACACAUCACCCAAACAUAGAGGGAUACUUAUUACUUUUAAAGCUGCAACAUUUUAUUGGGGUGUCUGGAUCUCUAACGCCAUUGGGACCUUCUUUCACUGGAAAAAUAUUAGUAUAUUGAUUUUUAUAUGUUGCAUCUACAAUAUAACUGCACUCUUUUGGCCUGAGUCACCUGUAUGGUUAGCAAGUAAAGGACGGUUUGAUGAGUGUGCAAAAUGUCAUCGUUGGUUAAAAGGAGAGGAUAAGGAUUCUGAAGACGAACUUAAGCAACUCAUAUCUUCUCAGCAAGAUAAUUUAAAACGAAAGAAAGAGUAUCACCGAGACAAACAGAAGAGCAGCAUCAAUAGAAUGUAUCACACAAUUAAAUCAAAAAGAUUUUAUAAACCACUAAUGUACUCAAUAGUUGCUAUGUGCCUUUAUCAUUUUUCAGGAAAGAUGGCUUGCACUGGAUAUGUAUUACAUAUCAUUCAAACAAUAUCAGUAAAUGAGUCAACGGCAUAUGCAGGAAUGCUUGUAUUAGAUGGAAUUACUGUGCUUGGAAUGUAUGUAGGAGUUUUUCUUACCAAGUUCCUUAAUCGCCGUACAUUGUUGUUGGGAUCAUCAGUUAUAGGAAUAACGUUUUUGUUUAUGUUAUCAUUAUAUUUAUACUUAAUACAUUUAAUGGUAAUAUCAGAAAAUAAAUAUUUAACUAUAUUUCUUAUAAUGGGAUAUUCUGUCAGUAUGAGUUGCGGUCCUAUGAUUAUGUCUAUGUGUUUUUCUACUGAAUUAACACCAUUAAAGGGCAGAAGUUUAUUUUUAUCAAUUUUCGCGUUAUUAGUUAACACCAUUAUGGGUGUGAAUUUACAAAUUUUUCCAUUUAUUUUCAAAUAUUUUAAAUCGCAUGGAGCAUUUCUUUUCUAUGCUCUUAUGUCGUCAAUAUUCACUUUCAUAUUAUACAAGGUUUUACCUGAGACAAAAGGCAAAACUAUUCAAGAAAUAGAGAAAUGUUUUUCAGAUGAAGACAUUGUUCCAGAAGAAGAAAGUGCAUUGGUCAAUCUAGAUAUUCGUAAGGCGAAUAGUUAGGCUUUCAUAAUGUCUGAAAGACGCAUCGCGAGAUAACGGUGCGGCAGAAGGUCACACUUGUUCACUCUGCUUGGGCUGUGAUCUACAGCAGAGUUAAAUAACUAUCUAUACAGGUAACUUUAACUUUUCUCAGUUCCUGAUUAUAUUACUUUCUCCUUCUUGGAUACGAUCUCGUCGCGCGUAGUUGACUCUUUAGGCAUUUCGUCUCAGGUGUUUCAACUAUAAUUUUAUUUUCUAAUAAGUUAAGAUAUCAUGGCCUAAUAUUAGGUCGGACUGCCUUUGUGUUCAAUUAUUGUGAAAAAAGAAACAAAAUAAAAAUUGUAACCUUUACUCGGUUUUUGUUUAAAAAACUCGUGUAAAUUCGAACACAUCGGAUAAAUAGAUAUAGGAUUUUAGGAUUCCUGAAAGGAUAAAAUUUUGUGAAAAGAUAUUAUCUAGGUGGUAUUGUUUUUGUAAAUAAUUACCUAAAGCUGAGCUCGUUUCCCUUUCGCCUUAAUUUUUUUUUCUGUAUAAAAAAAAACUUCGUUGCGCUUGCGCUCCUGUUUAUUGUUGUAUUCUAUCUUAUUGUCAAAUCGAAAGGUUAAAUUCCACUAAACAGGAAGGUGGGUACUUACCCGAUCAAGUCGAACAAAAAAAAUUUCUCA